ACGAAACACCAUCUGUUGUGUUUUGCUUCCGUGAAAUCCGAGCCAGUAACUCUAUAUGCUGGUCUAACAAACGUAAAUUAAGAAUGGUUACAAAGAGGAUCCGAACGGAGUAUAUGAAGAGAUUCAAGGACCCGGAAUGGGAAACCUACGCCAAGUGUUAUGAGGAGAUGAUAAAGUACAGACUGACGAGAAGGCUUUUGGAACAAACUCAUAAUCCGUGGUUUUGGAACAAUGACAGUGACUCGGAAUCCAGCAGGUCCACUCCUCAAAAGAAUAAAGUUGAGCCAUUGGUCCUAAAAGAAGAUUCACAACGAGAAUGUGCGAGAAAGAUUCCACCUAAAGAACCAUUGGAACAGAAGAUCCCCAUUUCAGAAGAACUGCAAGAAGUUGCAACUCCGGAGAACUCGCCACCCAUUGAUGUACAGGGUGCUGUGGACGUAGGCUGUGGAGAGACAGAGGAAGAGAAGCUGGGACAAGGAUUAAUUGCCCCUGAGUCAGGGAAGAAGCCAGAGGCCCAAACUAAAACCAAACAGACCAGAAAGCCCCCCAGGGCAUGGAGCCAGCUACGGAAGCCCAAAGAGACUGACAAGAAAAACAGGCACCCAUUUGCCCUGUAUGGAGGGGGUGAUAAGCCAGCUGAGAUGGCUAGGAAGAAGACUCACAAUGUGGGUCCAGCUACAUCAACCAAGGAGAUCCACCAGUCUGCAUUACGGGCCAAAACCAGACGGGAGGUUGAGAAGCAGGUGCAGAAAGUGGACAAGUGGAGAGUGCGGUCUGCAGAGCUGGAGAAAGUGACCAUAACCAAACCUGACUUUGACCCCUGGAUGACAGAGUACAUGCGCUGCUUUUCUGCCAGGUCCUGAUAGAUAUAGAGUGCAAUACUUUUGAUUAACAUAGGAUGGGGAAUAUGGUAUUUGAAAUCAAAUAGAAAACAUAAAGAAUUAUUUUGUUUCCAAAGUUUGCAUUCACCAUGCUUUUCUGACAGAUUUUAAAACUUUUUAAUGUUCAUACAGUACAGUCGUGGCCAAAAGUUUUGAGAAUGAGACAAAUAUACAUUUUCAAAGUCUGCUGCCUCAGUUUGUAUGAUGGCAAUUUGUAUAUACUCCAGAAUGUUAUGAAGAGAGAUCAGAUGAAUUGCAAUUAAUUGCAAUGUCCCUCUUUGCCAUGCAAAUGAACUGAAUCCCCAGAAAACAUAUCGAAUCAUCAAGAACUUCAAGGAGAGCUGUUCAAUUGUUGUGAAGAAGGCUUCAGUGCGCCCAAGAAAGUCCAGAAAGCUCCAGGACGUCUCCUAAAGUUGAUUCAGCUGUGGGAUCGGGGCACCACCAGUACAGAGCUUGCUCAGGAAUGGCAGCAGGCAGGUGAGUGCAACUGCACACACAGUGAGGCGAAGACUUUUGGAGGAUGGCCUGGUGUCAAGAAUGGCAGCAAAGAAGCCACUUCUCUCCAGGAAAAACAUCAGGGACAGACUGAUAAUCUGCAAAAGUUACAGGGAUUGGACUGCUGAGGACUGGGGUAAAGUCAUUUUCUCUGUUGAAUCCCCUUUCCGAUUGUUUGGGGCAUCCGGAAAAAAGCUUGACCGGAGAAGACAAGGCGCUACCAUCAGUUCUGUGUCAUGCCAACAGUAAAGCAUCCUGAGACCAUUCAUGUGGGGUUGCUUCUCAGCCUGUCUCUGAUGUUUUUCCUGGAGAGAAGUGACUUCUUUGCUGCCCUUCUUGACACCAGGCCAUCCUCCAAAAGUGGGCUCACUCACAAUUUUGCCUAUGAACACAGCCAUGAAUAAAGAAUGGUACCAACACAUCCUCCGAGAGCAACUUCUCCCAACCAUCCAGGAACAGUUUGGUGACGAGCAAUGCCUUUUCCAGCAUGAUGGAGUACCUUGCCAUAAGGCAACAGUGAUAACUAAGUGGCUCGGGGAACAAAACAUCGAUAUUUUGGGUCCAUGGCCAGGAAACUCCCCAGACCUGAAUCCCAUUGAGAACUUGUGGUCAAUCCUCAAGAGGUGGGUGGACAAACAAAACCCCACAAAUUCUGACAAGCUUCAAGCAUUGAUUAUGCAAGACUGGGCUGCCAUCAGUCAGGAUAUGGCCCAGAAGUGUAUUGACAGCAUGCCAGGGCGGAUUGCAGAGGUCUUGAAAAACAAGGGUCAAUACUACAAAUAUUGACUCUUAUCAUCAACUUCAUGUAAUUGUCAAUAAAAGCCUUUGACAUUUAUGAAAUGCUUGUAGUAACAUAUUAACACAUUACAAAAUAUCUAAAGGCACUGAAGCAGCAAACUUUGUGAAAAUUAAUAUUUGUGUCAUUCUCAAAACUUUUGGCCACGACUGUACACACCUACUCCUUCCAGGGUUUUUCUUUAUCUUUACUAUUUCCUACAUUGUAGAAUAAUAGUGAAGACUUCAAAACUGAAAUAACACACAUGGAAUCAUGUAGUAACCAAAAAAGUGUAAAACAAAUCAAAAUAUCUUUUAUAUUUGAGAUUCUUCAAAGUAGUCACAAGUUGCCUUGACAGCUUUGCAUUCUCUCAACCAGCUUCAUGAGGGAGUUACCUGGAAGGCAUUUACAUGAACAGGUGUACCUUCUUAAAAGGUAAUUUGUGUAAUUCUUAAUGUGUUUGAGCCAAUCAGUUGUGUUGUGACGAGGUAGGGUUGGUAUAAAGAAGAUAGCCCUAUUUGGUAAAAGACCAAGUCCAUAUUAUAUCAAAAACAGCUAAAAUAAGCAAAGAGAAAUGACAGUCCAUCAUUACUUUAACACAUGAAGGUCAGUCAAUGGUUUCUUCAAGUGUAUUUGCAAAAACCAUCAAGCGCUAUGAUGAAACUGUCUCUCACGAGGACUGCCACAAGAAAGAAAGACCCAGAAUUACCUCUGCUGCAGAGGAUAAAUUCAUUAGAGUUACCAGCCUCAGAAAUUGCAACCCAAAUAAAUGCUUCCCAGAAUUCAAGUAAGACAUCAACAUUGUGGUCAGAGGAGAAUGCGUGAAUCAGGCCUACAUGGUCAAAUUGCUGCAAAGAAACCACUACUAAAGGAUACCAAUAAGAGAUUUGUUUUGGCCAAGAAACACGAGCAAUGGACAUUAGACUGGUGAAAAUCUGUCCUUUGGUCUGAGUCCAAAUUUGAGAUUUUUGGUUCCAACCGCUGUGUCUUUGUGAGACACAGUGUAGGUGAAUGGAUGAUUUCCGCAUGUGUGGUCCCCACCGUGAAGAAUGGAGGAGGAGGUGUGAUGGUGCUUUGCUGGUGACACUGCCAGUGAUUUAUUUAGAAUUCAAGGCACACUUAACCAGCAUGGCUACCACAGCAUUCUGCAGUAAUACGCCAUCCCAUGUGAUGUGGGCUUAGUGGGACUAUCAUUUGUUUUUCAACAGGACAAUGACCCAACACACCUCCAGGCUGUGUAAGGGCUAUUUGACCAGGAAGGAGGGUGAUGGAAUGCUGUAUCAGAUUACCUGGCCUUCACAAUCACCUGACUUCAAUCCAAUUGAGAUGGUUUGGGAUGAGUUGGACUGCAGAGUUAUGGAAAAGCAGCCAACAAGUGCUCAGCAUAUGUGGGAACUUCUUCAAGAUGGUUGGAAAGCAUUCCAGGUGAAGCUUGUUGAAAUAAUGCCUUGAUGACAGCUUUGCACACUCUUGGCAAAUGGUGGCUACUUUGAAGAAUCUGAAAUAUAAAAUAUAUUUUUAUUUGUUUAAAACAUUUUGGGUUACUACAUGAUUCCAUAUGCGUUAUUUCAUAGUUUUGAUGUCUUUACUAUUAUUCUAGAAUGUAGACAAUAAUACAAAUAAAGAAAAAUCCUUGAUGAGUAGAUGUGUCCAAACUUUUGACUGGUACUGUAAAGUAUUGCAUCCAAAUCAUGCAUUAACUUAAUUCAAGUUUCACAAUGGUCAUGCACAAAAUCCUCUGAAUGAUGGAAUUGUUUAUCUUGCAAUAACAAUGUGCAGUAAAUAGUCCUCCGUUUGUGAAAUCCCAAUAUCACCGUCCAAAUGUAUUUAUACACAGAAUGACACUCGAUAGUCCAGGUCUCAACUUAUUGCACCGCCAGGCCCCAUCCCCCAGGGUUACUCUCAGGAGGCAGUAGGCUUAGGCGGUAUACCGGGUUAUUUUGAAAUACAGACAGUAUGAUUUUCAAAACCUAGCAGAGGGCACGUGCUACGUUACUGCUUAUAACUAACUAAAAGUUAACUAACGUGCCAAAUAAAUUAUUUCCAGCUCAGGACUCCAGCUAUGCAUUUGGUUUGCUGACCUGCAAGAUCACUCUUAUUGGUUACAACUGAAACAAUCAAUUUCCUCCUGUAUCAAGAUCCCUGCUGCCUAAAUUAGUUUUUUGCCUUCUUUUUUAAGUUUGAAAAGAAAUAGCGCUCCUUGUGUGCACUGCAAGUAAUACCGUAUACCCCAGUAUGGUACAGGAACCGUGUGAAGGUAUGAAAGUCUGGACACAGCAUAGAUGUCAUUGAUAAACCUCUCCCAAAAGUGACCUCAAUAGCACAUUGACCUCAGUGACAAUGUUCUGUACAUACUGUAGAUAAUGAAGGUCAAAAUGUAGUGUAUGUGGAUGUUCUCGUGGUCAAAUUUAUUUUUUGGGGUGGUUCAGUAUUAUGUUAUGGUCUUCUGUUGUCAUAUAUUAAUUUUAUUUGUCAGUAUUAUGUUUUAACACCACAGGUUUUAUUGUAAAAGACCAUAAGACAACAUUUAGAACUAAUUUGGAUUAAAUAAUGUGCAAUAAAUAGAUGCAAUAAGUUGUAAAUAACUAAUAUUAUGUUUCAAAUAGCUACAACAGGGUCAAUGCUUUCGAUUACAGUGAUCAUAACCACAGGAUGCAUGACAUGUAAUAAUCUACCAGCACCGGAUAACAAUUGAUUCACUGAUAUCUGUGUGAGUAAGCUGCAGUACACAAAAUGUCCAUGUUGUGAAGUAUGGAACAAUACAAUAUACUGCAGCCAUUACAUGGAGGUCUUGAUUUACUCAAAGCUUUGGGACAUCUUCCUGUCAGUAUAAUGACCUGUCGGUGCUGAAGUGAAUAUGUUUAUGUGAGGCUACAUUACUUGGAAUAAAGCCAGUAGGACUAGUGAGUCUAGAUCACAGACAACCUGUAAGGAGGGAGCUCAUGUCCAGCUCCAACAGAUUCAAAAUCUCACCACUAUUUUCUCGUUUAAGUGUUAUUUUGUAUGUUCAAACUUAAAUGUUUACGCUUUUACACAUUUAAUGGUACUGAUACUGAGAUCAGAUUGCAUUUUGGUAUUGUGUGCUAUGCUUAAAAUAAUGAUUAAACUACUUUUUUUUUACUGAAA